AUGACGAUAGACAUCGGACUCAGGCGCACAUAUCGAUGGCUCUUCGUUGUGGCCGACGUCAGAAUUGCCAUCCUGGGAGCGGACUUUCUGAGCCACUUCAAUCUUGACGUUAGCGUUCGCGAUCGUCGUCUCAAGGACAACGUCACUUCGCUCGCUGUUGUCGGACUGAAGUCUGGCCUGUCCUCAUGCGGCAUUUGCACUUUCAACCCAGAGUCAAACUUUCAAAAGAUUCUGGCUGAAUUUCCUGAAAUCACAAAACCUCGGAAGACCGAACUGCCAAUCAAGCACAAGGUGACGCAUCACAUUGUCACCACCGCACCGCCCGUCACCGCUAGACCUAGGAGGCUCGCUGGACAAAAACACGAAGUCGCCCGUCGGGAGUUCGACCACAUGCUCCAGCUUGGCAUUAUUCGACCUUCUUCCAGCAACUGGUCUUCUGCACUGCACGCCAAAACAAGAGCCUGGUGA